GCGAUGUAUUUGUAUCCGAUGACGGUCGAGGAUGGAGGCAGUUUUAGCCAAGUAUGAGAAUCAAAUCAACGUGUUCCUGGAAGACCUGCCGGAUACAGACGAGCCAGUAUGGAUCCUGGGAGCCUGUUACAAUGUGAAAACAAAGAAAUCCGAGCUGCUGUCGGAUGUGCGAUCGCGGCUGUGGUUCACUUAUAGAAAAAAGUUUUCCCCCAUAGGAGGAACAGGUCCUUCAUCAGAUGCCGGCUGGGGCUGCAUGCUCCGCUGUGGGCAGAUGAUCCUUGCACAGGCUCUGAUCUGCAGUCAUCUCGGCCGAGACUGGAGGUGGGAUCCAGAGAAGCAUCAGCCCAAAGAGUAUCAGCGUAUCUUGCACUGCUUUCUGGAUAAGAAGGACAGCUGCUACUCUAUACAUCAGAUGGCUCAGAUGGGUGUUGGAGAAGGCAAGUCUGUUGGAGAAUGGUAUGGACCCAACACAGUGGCGCAAGUACUCAAAAAACUGGCCCUGUUUGAUGACUGGAAUUCUCUGUCUGUGUACGUGUCAAUGGACAACACCGUGGUUAUCGAAGACAUCAAGAAGCUGUGUGCCCGAGCAGACGGAGCAGAUCUCCAGCUUCAGUCCCAGCGGCCCCUGGACUGGAGGCCCCUGCUGCUGGUCAUCCCUCUGCGGAUGGGGAUUAACAGCAUCAACCCUGUAUACAUACAGGCCUUAAAGGAGUGUUUUAAGAUGCCUCAAUCAUGCGGUGUUCUGGGAGGAAAGCCAAACCUGGCCUAUUAUUUCAUUGGAUUUAUUGAUGACGAGUUGAUUUAUCUGGAUCCUCACACGACGCAGCAGGCUGUGGACACUGAAUCAGGCAGUGCAGUGGACGAUCAGAGUUUUCACUGUCAGAGGACCCCUCACCGCAUGAAGAUCACCAGUCUGGACCCUUCUGUCGCACUGGGUUUUUUCUGCAAGAGCGAGGAGGACUUUGACAGCUGGUGUGAUCUGGUUCAGCAGGAGCUCCUUAAGAAGAGAAACUUGCGGAUGUUCGAGCUGGUAGAGAAACAUCCCUCCCAUUGGCCUCCGUUUGUUCCUCCGACCAAACCAGAAGUGCAGACCACUGGAGCAGAGUUCAUCGAGUCCCCAGACAAGCUGUCUGAAUCCGAAGAGGAGUUUGAGAUACUGAACGCAUGAUGAAAAGGUUUCUUUAGCAAAAACACGAACAGUAGCGACACAACAAACAUACGCUGUGGGAAAAAAAAACAAGCCAAGGAUCCUGUAGCAACUUUUGCGUGACGUUUAGCCUCGUUCCGGGGUCAUUUAAAAGACUUGUGUUUUUAAUUAUGGAAACAGAGCGAACUUCUCGAGUUGCAUGAACUUUAUCGUACUGUAUCAUGGAGUGGCGGAGGAUUUAUGAAGAUGAAAUCUGUACAGCCUCGACACACUCUACCUCCUGACCGCAGGAGACCGCCGCUAAUAUGCACAUAAUAUCGUUUUUGUCUCUUUUCUAAGUCCAAAUAUAUAAAAAGUUCUUACCUGAACACACUAAUUAUGCGUUCCUUUUCAAAGGAUGUUCAUGCAUAUUUCAACAAAACAAUGCAUUCUGCACACAUUACAAAGUCCUGGCUGCAGAGGAAGAAGAUACAGGUAAUUGACUGGCCUGCCUGCAGUCCCGACCUGUCUCCAAUAGUCCAGAUAGCUAGUCCAAAUAUCUAAAUUGAACA